UGCGCAUGAUUUGUGAUUGAGAGCAUUGUUUUUUGAAAAAGUAAAGCCGAUGGAUAGAAUGUUGUGAAUCUGCAGCUAGAAAAUAUAUAUGCUAUUUACAUUUCUUAAAUUAUUUUGUUAUAUACCUUCAUGGGUUGUGGUAUGUGUACGUAGAUCAUUUUUCUAAAAUACAAGAUGGAGCCACAGUCACAUCGGCUGAGAGUAAGUGGUAAACAUGAUAAAAGUAUUGCUGGUUUAUACGACAUGGAAACCUCCUCACUUGGUUCGGGUCAUUUUGCUGUUGUCAAACUUGCUCGUCAUGUUUUUACUGGAGAAAAAGUUGCUGUUAAAGUUAUAGAUAAAAGUAAACUAGAUGAAGUUGCUAAAGCUCAUCUAAAACAAGAAGUGGAUUGUAUGAAAUUAGUUCAACAUCCAAAUGUUGUUAGGUUGUACGAAGUUAUUGAUACACAAUCAAAAUUAUACCUUAUUCUUGAAUUUGGGGAUGGGGGUGAUAUGUACGAUCAUAUAAUGAAUCAAAAUGGAAUUACUGAGGAAAAGGCUCGACACUAUUUUAAGCAAAUUGUGUCGGCAAUAGAUUAUUGUCAUAAACUUCAUGUUGUUCAUAGAGACUUAAAACCGGAAAAUGUUAUAUUUUUCAAAUCACAAGAUUUAGCUAAAUUGACUGACUUUGGAUUUUCUAAUAAUUUUCUACCUGGAGAAAAGUUAUAUACUUCAUGUGGCUCUUUAGCCUAUUCUGCACCUGAAAUACUCUUAGGCGAUUCUUAUGAUGCACCAGCUGUAGAUGUCUGGUCUCUUGGUGUGAUAUUAUAUAUGAUGGUUGUUGGUAAAGGCCCAUUUAGCCAUACUAAUGACUCUGAGACGUUAACAAUGAUAAUGGAUUGCAAAUACCAUUUACCUGAUACUUUAUCUGAAGAUUGUAAAAGCUUAAUUUCAAGAAUGCUGGUACGUAAGCCUUCUGAGAGAGCUUCAUUGGAUAGUAUUGUAAACGACAAAUGGGUGACGUGUGGACAUAUUGAGAAAAAGUCUCUGUCCCCUGCCCCUCUGAUAUCAGAAAUUAGUAUAUCAAAAGAAAUACACUUAAAGGUCUUGAAACAAAUGGAGAUUGGAAACGUAGCAAGUAAAGAAGAAGUUGAAAAAUCCUUACAAGAAGAUAAAUAUAACCACACAACUGCGACCUACUUCUUGCUAGCAGAGCGUAUUUUGAAGAAAAGGCAUAACUAUGCUGCACUGCAUGUUAGAUUGGAGCAGAGACACUCUUACCCAUAUGAAUACAUAGCCAAUAGAACAUUGGACCUUGAAGCUAAUUGCAGUACAAUCAGUGAGGAUACUAAUACUGAAACAUCCGAUGUGGAAUACCGUCCACAGUAUCCUAUUGUGAAUGAUUUGACGAAAGAACACUCGAAAUCAGACGAGUGUUUGAAUGAAAACAGCUCGUCAUACACCGAGUUUCAGCUGGCGCCGGCUCCUCGUUCUCAUAGACUGACAUAUCCUUUGUUUGGAAUGACGAAAAGUUCGCCGAAUCUACUCAACGAAAUCACUGAAGAGCAGGAAUCAGAAUUAGAUGAAAGCCCCCGUGGAUCUCCGUUGCUUCAACGCCGUCCAUCGCAACGCCGCCGAACGUACCACAAUUGUCGGUUGUCGCCUAUACACAGUCGGCGAUCGAGUUGUAGUAGUUCUGACGACGACGACAUGUACAUGCUGUCUGAUAAAAGACGUCUUUCUGGUCAGCAUUUGACUUCUGUGACCGUCCCUCGUAACACGUCUCAAUCAAGUAACAAUACCAACUCCGGCCACAACAAAACUACCGAAUCGUCUAAACGAAACGCAUCACACACCGACGACACCAUCAAUGAAGAUAUUUUAAACGAGAAAAUGAUGUCCCUCCUCCAUAGUGAUUUAGAAAACAACAAAAACAUAGAGAACUUGUUACUACCAGAGGUGAACUUAAAGUUAUCCGGAAUUGCGAAAUGCACGUACGGCCGACAUUUUAGCGAUACUAAUCUCACGUCGUAUUCUAUGCAGUUGCAAUUAGCUCUGGCUAAAGGUCAUAAUUUCAAAAACGGAAAGUACCAUAGCAGUAAGUGUUCCAGUGAUACGAAUUUGGUGUCGACGCUUUGUAAGAAGACUUCUCACGUAUUACUGUCAGAUUUUCUAAGAACUAAAGAUUUUUUUAAAUCAUCAAAACGUGGUCGAAAUAGCAGUAAGAACUCGUCUAGUUUAUCGCUGUCAUCGCCAAUUGAAGAGGAGCCUGACGGAAAACCGAGUAAUUUGCCGAGUGAAAACUCUUUUUCAGAUUUACGCGAGGACCAAUUCGGUCCUGGCGACACUGCUCUUGAUUCGACAUCCGGCAAAAACAGCAUUUAUUCAAUUGAUUCAAGUUUGAAAUAUCAUCAGAGUGAUAAGCACAGCGAAGUCGUUGAAAGUAUUAACCUAUCGGAUCAAGUGGGCAUUACUGAUACUAGACUUGAUGGCACGAAAUGUAGUGUACACGCAAACAUAUAUAACCGUACAAAUCCAACAGGAAGUGUUUGUUGUUCCCUUGUGUGAUUUAAACAAACUUGUUUGCACUGUAAGAGCAUAUCAAUAGCAGUCUAGUUAGAUCUUUCGGUCAAAUCUGAUUUGGACCUCCCGUAUAAUUUUUUACAGCUCUUGUGCACUAGAGAUAACAAAGGGCUAAAAUCGUCUUGAAUUACUCGUUUCUGCUACUGCGGUACUACACUUCGUUUAACUAAACUUCAUACGCACUAAAAAAGUAUGGUUAAGGUAAUAACUUUUUACGUUAAUACCCUGGGGUAUACAGUCCCUGUAGCUGGUGCUCUCUUCAACCUCACAAAUUUGCGUUUUGAUUUUGCAUACAUCCCUUUUUAAAUAUUUUUUCAGGGAGAAAGUAACAAUAGCACGAAGAUUAUUUGAUUUUGUUUCUUUUUUGUUCCUAUGUGAGGCUUUGUUUCCUUUUCAAAUCCUCUGUUCUAUAUUUUUUGUCUAUAUGUGGUUCGGAAGUGGUACUUAUAAAAAUAAAAUGCACGUUUUAAAUUAUUUGACCUGAUUGGUUUAUUUUGUAGAGGAGGGUGUUGACGCUGCUUCUCUACAGGUUGUUUUAUCAGGUUUAUUAUGAAAUUGUUAUCAGCGUGCAUGCAUGUGGUUUUUAGUACUUUUAGUACUAGUUUUAAUUAUCAUACAUCUCCUUUCCAGGCUGUCUCAUUGUUAUUUCAUUGACGUUGAGAGACCUGGAAACGAGGUUCGCUUUUUUGUGUUCAUUGUUCAUUAGCUGAAUUUAUGAAAUCUGUAAAUACAUGUUACAAUAUGUUUGAAUCAAUUAUAAUAAUACUAUCCAUCUAUAAA